ACCAUCGUUUUUGUCGCAAGCAUCGAUGCAUCGAUUUGGCUUGUCAAUUGUGGAUUUGGCUUGCCAAUCGCAUUGCAGCUUCCAUAGAAAGUUGCGAAUUUAUUUAUAGGUAUCUUGGUUGCGAACUUUUGGGCUUGAAUUUUAUGAAGGCCUCGUUAAUUCUGUUUGUUGAUUGUCGGAGCAUAUUUACCAUACUGCCCAGGCCCUAGGGAUUUCUGAGCAGCUGUUGUGAUGUCGGCCCGUCCGCCGGGUUUCCCCUCUGGUGGAGCUGACAGUCAGAUGCAGUCUGGAGGGAUGACAGGACAGCAGGCACGCUUCGGAGCGCCUGGCGCUGCUCCGGGCAUGUGCUCAUACGGAUCCCCCGGCUACUCGGGUAUGCCGUCCCAGCACGGCGGCCAGUACCCCUCCAGCAGCAGCCAGAACAUGAUGCAGCGCUCAGGCGGCAGCAUGGUGCAGAACCAGUACCCGGCCAGCCGGCCGCCGGCCAUGCAGUCCAGCAGCAAACGGUCUUCGGACGGACGCUCCCUCGCCAACCAGCCCCUCAAAAGCGCGAAGAAGAAGAAGCGCAUGGCCGAUAAGAUUUUGCCGUGGAAGGUGCGGGACCUGGUGCCGGAGUCGCAGGCCUACAUGGACCUGCUGGCCUUCGAGCGGAAACUGGACGCCACCAUCAUGAGGAAGCGACUCGAUAUUCAGGAGGCGCUGAAGCGUCCGCUGAAGCAGAAGCGGAAGCUGCGCAUCUUCAUCUCGAACACGUACUUCCCGGCCAAGGAGCCGGCCGAGGGCGAGGCCGACUCGGGCAGCUCCUCCUCCUGGGAGCUGAGAGUCGAGGGCAAACUGCUCGACGAGAGCAAGGCAGACGCCAGCAAGGCGAAGCGCAAGUUUUCGUCGUUUUUCAAGUCUCUGGUGAUUGAGCUGGAUAAGGACCUGUACGGCCCCGAUAACCAUCUGGUGGAGUGGCACCGGACGGCCACCACCCAGGAAACGGACGGAUUUCAGGUGAAGCGCCCCGGCGAUAAGAACGUGCGCUGCACGAUCCUAUUGCUGCUCGACUACCAGCCGCCGCAGUUCAAACUGGACUCGCGGCUGGCGCGGCUGCUGGGCGUGCACACCCAGUCGCGGCCGGUCAUCACACAGGCGCUGUGGCAGUACGUCAAACACAACCGGCUGCAGGACCAGAGUGAGCGCGAGUACGUCAACUGCGACCGGUACCUGGAGCAGAUAUUCCAGUGUCCGCGUAUGAAGUUUGCCGAGAUCCCGCAUCGUCUGAACUCACUGCUGCACCCGCCGGACCCGAUCGUCAUCAACCACACCAUCAGCGUGGAGGGCGCCGAACAGAAGAAAACCGCCUGCUACGACAUCGAGGUCGAGGUGGACGACACGCUGAAGACGCAGAUGAACAACUUCCUGCUGUCGACGGCCAGCCAGCAGGAGAUCCAGAAUCUCGACAACAAGGUGCACGAGACGGUGGAGCUCAUCAACCAGUACAAGAUCAACCGCGAGUUCUUCCUCAGCUUCGCCAGGGACCCGCAGCAGUUCAUCAACAAGUGGCUCGUCUCGCAGAACAGGGACCUCAAGACCAUCACGGACGUGGUCGGUAACCCGGAGGAGGAGCGUCGCUCCGAGUUUUACCAGCAGGGCUGGGCGCACGAAGCCGUCCACCGCUACUUCUACAGCAAGGUGCAGCAGAAGCGCGCCGAACUCGAGCAAGUGCUCGGCAUCAGGAGCUCCUGAACACGCCGCCCGGCUGAGACCGCAUCUCGAGGUGUAGCGAUGUGUAACCAGGGGGACUCGGCUGUCGGGGGGGGGAUUCAGUGACGUCUGUUCUGAGGGAUGAGUGAGGUCUGACUGAGUGGUCCGUAUAGCGAAUGAUUGGAGUGAGCGGGGCGCCAUCUGGGGCAGCGGUCUGUGUCGGCAGUGGGAGCUGGGUUCGUUGGAGCUGCCAGCCGGGGAUGGAGCUGCCUGUCUUUAGUUGGGGGUCAACGGGGGACGUAUAUGGCGUAGCUGUGCGCCGUGCUGUAGGCCUCUUGCAGGCCCCGGUUUCAGCGCCGGCCGAUCCCCCGCUCUGACGCAGUUCACCUGCCUGCUGCUGGAGUUGGGGCCGCUGCCUCGCCCCGCCGGUGUACCGUGUAUUGAGGCAGUGUGUAGGGUGAAUGCCAGCCUGUCGCCGCUCUAUCCCUCCGUCUCGCCCUGUGUUUUCGUCUGCUGGAUCCCCGUCCCGUCCCAUCCGCUGCUCAUUAGAGAGGUGUGACUGGUCCCACUGCUGUCACCGGCUAUCUGUAUUCAGUGACGGCGGCGACACCCGUACUGUGGGCUGAUGCGACUUUUCUGCUCUUUUGUAGAUUACGUGAUGAAUAGGGCUGAUGUCAGUGAAUUGUAACUUUUUUCCUAGGUGGUCUUGCUGCCAUUUUUGUUCUUUGAAGGACUGAAUGUGUCAUUUUGUCGUAUCUACCCACUAUUGUGUUGUACCAGUCGAGUCGAUAGUGCAUGAACCCGUGAUUAGGUGUAUCGUAUUUUUAUAUAUUUUGUCCGUAUUUAGCUAAAUGGAUGGCUGAAGCCUGGACUCAGCUAACUUUGCGUGACGUAGCUCGCUUUUACUACCAAUGAACGGCUAAACAGUU